ACGGAUAACCACUUCACACAAAAAGUUUUGCUGUGGUAAGAAUAUUGCAGUCGAAUCGCGUCAACUUCCUUGCCCCCGAGCCGAAAAGUUUUGCUGUAACCUUUCGUUUUCACAUGGCAAUGGCAGAACGAUUGCAAAAAGAGUGUAUCAGUUGUUAGAAUUGGAAUAUUUUAUGACAAGAAAAGAUAAUGAAUUCCUUUACUGCUAAACCUUAUGGCCCAGCAUCCAAGCACUCAAGUCUUCCAAGAACUGGACCACAAGGAAAUGACCAGGCACAACCAGGGACAAAAUCCAUGCCAUCACUGUCUGGUGAUAUUUUGAAACAGAGAAUUGCAUCAAUGCAAAAACAAAAGCCAGGCAAACCAGGCAAACCAGGUGAUGGAGCUUUUUCUACUCCAAAGUCAUUCGUAAGUUCUGGGACACCAGUUAUUUCAGAAAGUGAAAUUCAGCUUAGGAGAAACUCCAUGCACAGAACUCCCCCACCACCAACUCCAGACACUAAACCAAAUUAUGACAAAAGUGUGCCAGAAUUCCUGAGAAAGAAGCUAAAGCCCAUAGGCAUACCAGAAAAUGAACAAAGUAAACAAGAAAGUGAAAGUAUAAAAGAAGAAGAUAAGGCACAAGUGGAUGAAAUCUCAAAAAAAUCAUUCCGUAAUAGCAAACUUAUGUUUGAAAACAUAUCAGUUGCUUCUAAUGUUGGGCCCAAGCCAAAACCAAAACCAAAAUCAUUCAAGUCAAUUAAUGGCUUGACAAAAAACGGUAAUGGUGACCAAGGUCAUAUCCUGAAGCAAGAUGAAUCAACUGUUGAUCCUGGUACCGAAAAUAAAGGUGAGGAAGAGAGCAAAACUCAAACUGAUUUUGAGAAGAGUAUCAAGAAUGGAGGGCAGCAAAGUGAGGGUGAAGAUACUGCUGUUGUUGUUGAGGAGAGCUGUCCAGAGUCAAACACUGAUGCUGAAUCUGGUAAUGGUGCCGAAGAAAAAAUCAAGGGGGAAAUUGAAAAUGUUCAAGAUGAUUGUCAAAACUCGGAAAUUGCAGCUAAUCUGAAGCCUCUUGAUGUCAAACUUCCUACAGUACCUAUAGGUUUGAGUGCAUGGAUGGACCGUUAUGUGAAGAAAAAUCCAAAACUCCAAAAACCAGAAAGUAACAAGAAUGAGGCAGCCUUGUCUAUACCUGGCAAGGAGUUUGGAGGCUUUUCACAAGCUGGCAUAGGUGCUGCAAGUGAUGUUAAUGCAAUAGAAGAUGAACUUUAUGAUGAUGUUAACAAUGAUUUAAAAGAUACAUCAAAGGAUGAUGCUGAUCUGGUGUAUGAUGACGUUCAGAGUGGUCAACAGCAAGUGGAUGCAGCAAUUAGUAAUGAUGGUGAGGAGUUCUACGACGAUAUUGUUGUUGGUGGUUCCAGUGCAGCCAUUGAUGCAAGUAACGAUGAGGUAUAUGAUGACGUGGCAGGCACAGCCAGUGAUGAAGUGUAUGAUGAUGUUGCAGGAAAGGAGCCUAGCUCAAAUGAGCCAGAACCAGAGAUUUAUGAUGAUGUUAAUACUGAAGCGGCUCCUGUGUAUGAAAUAGAAGAAGGAGAGAUUGGAGAACAGGAACAGCCAGGGUUUUAUGAGCCGGUAGAAUCAAUCCAACAGUAUAUGAGACAGGACCAAGUUGGCAAAGACGCGGUCGAUGCAGCUGCGAGUCCUGCAAACGAUAAGGCGAGCAAAAAGAGAGAAGAGAAAGAAAGGAAGGAAAGGGAAAAGUUGGAAAAGAAAAAGAAAGAGGAAGCAGAGAGGAAAUUUAAAAAGGAAGAAGAAGAAAGGAAAAAGAGAGAAAGAGAAGAAAGAAAGCGUAUCGAAAAAGAAAGAAAGUCAUUCGAUCUGAAACCUGAUGAAGAUCCUGUUCCCAUUGAACGACAUAUGGCAACUGCCAGCAUGAAAGGCAAAGGAAAGGAUCUGGCAAUAACUCGUGGGGAGUAUUUAGACGUCAUCAGCAAGAAUAAAUGCCCAAAAGGAAAAGUGCUGGUGCAGAACUGUUAUGGCAAGCUUGGUUUUGUAUGGUUGAAAGAUCUGGGCAUUGACAAAAGGAAGUCCUUAAUCGAAGCGUCAAGUCCGGUAGCGGCCGUAGUUGCAUUUGGUGAGAUUGAAGAAGAAUACGAAGACGUCUGUUCGACAACACCUUCUUCAUCAACGGCCAUCAUGUCAUUAUCAUCUCAACCCACAACGAAAGAUAAUUCAACUGUGCCGACAUUUGCUCAUUUUUCCAAGCCAGCUUCACGUUCAAAAUCUGCUCCUCAAGAAGAGAAAGUCGAAGCAGUAGCUGAAGGCGGUGACAUCUAUGAAGUUGUCUAAAGGCGUCCUCUUGGUCUGAUUUGCAAUCAAAUUUAAAGUAAACAAUUAAGCUCCAUGUAUAUAGAACUACGUAACGCGUCCGUUGGCUUAGCCUCCAUUGUUCGUAUACUAUGUUGAUGUUCCUUAUGUUCUAGGCGACCUCUCUCGCAGUAAAAUAAAGCCGAAAACUCUGAAAACAUGAAGUAUUUAGAUCAGUUGAUACAAGUCAAAUCCUUUGCUGGUAUUUUAAACUGCAAUAUUUUAUUUACCUAUGUUUUUAUACUUACAAUGCACCGAUGUCCAUCGUUUUUUCAAUCCAGGGCGUUAUGGCACCGUGUUUGAAAGUUGAUGGACAGUUGAAAGGCCUAUAGCAUUAGAUAAAAGGAAUAGAAUUGAUUUAACUUUGUUAUGAAGAAAAACAGAUUCUAAAAUUUUUUCUCCCCUAAUAAAGAUUUCUUUGAAGCUUAAUUGUUUAAAUCCGAAAUUUAGCUAUCAAUUCUCCAAAGAAAUUUUUCCACUUUAAUAGGGGAGAGGGGGAGGGAGGGCUCUCGGGGAAUGCUAUUUGAAAAGCAUACUAAAUAGGGUUUUGAAAAUAUGCCCAUAGCAUCUUAUUUAAAGAAUCUAGGCACUUGCUAAGUGUAUGUCUAGAACCCUUCAAAGUGCAGGAUGAUUUAAUAGUAUAAAUAUUUUUGCUAGAAAUAUCUUUUACAGAAAAUAGCAAUUUUGAAUUCCUUCUAUAUAUAGUGUGCUGUAAGGUAACGUCGUUUAUAUUGAAGUUUUACUUAGCAGAUUGUGCGUUUUGUAAUAUCGUAUCGUUCAGGUUUUGUAUUAGAAUAAAAAACAAA